AUGUCCGUUGAACAAGAGCUUGAAUCCGACUCCACACCCACCGCUCAUGUCCAACAGCGAUCAAACGCCUUAUGCUUCCCCACCUGCUUCGCCUCACGCCGCCGUUCAAUCUGGUGGGAGCGCGUCCGCUCCGCCUCCUUUUCUCAAUCCCAUCCCACCACCACCAACACCACCGGUGACCGAUGGUGGUCGCGCGGUCUCAAGGCCUUAAAGAAGCUCCGAGACUGGUCGGAGAUUGUCGCUGGUCCAAGAUGGAAAACGUUUCUCCGGAAAUUCAACCAACACCGAUCCUCCAGACGCAUGGCGAAGUGCCAAUACGAUCCAUUGAGUUACGCGUUGAACUUCGAUGAAGGACAGAACGAGGAUAGCCGCCACGACGGGUUUUGCAAUUUCUCCACGCGAUACGCCGCCGUUAAUGUUAAGUCAGUCGCGCCGGAUCCGGAUUGUGAAAUUGACGGUUUGGUGUGA